AUGGCUUCUCUCAUUGGCGUUUCUUCCAUAUACCAAAUCCCUACUCUCGAACUUUACCAGAGGCCAAACGCUGCUUCCACUUCUUCCGUUAGGUUGCAAUCUUUGGACUCCAAGUCUCACUUCAACAACCUCCUCCGAGCGCACCGUCACUCCUCUGGGCCCCCCUUCAAAACGGGCCUCAAGCCCACUCCCACUUUCCUCCCCUCCGCCGUCGCCACGCCCAAUUCCUCCCUCCUUAGCCAAGAAGCCUUCAAAGGACUUGCCCGCGACUUCGACCAAAACGAUAUCGAGUUCCAACCCGCCGGACCCACCAACACUGACGAACUCGACAUUUCCAAGCUCGACUUGCCCUCGCGCCUCGUCGAUUCUCUCCAGAGCCGUGGGAUUACUCACCUUUUCCCCAUUCAGAGAGCCGUGUUCGUACCUGCACUAGAAGGGAGAGAUAUCAUUGCCCGAGCGAAGACCGGUACUGGAAAGACACUAGCGUUCGGCAUUCCAAUUAUCAAAGGCCUCACUGAAGAUGAACAAGAACCUUCUCUCAGAAGGUCUGGUAGGCUUCCCAGAGUUUUGGUGCUGGCACCUACAAGGGAGUUAGCGAAGCAAGUGGAGAAGGAGAUUAAGGAGUCUGCGCCUUAUCUCAACACUGUUUGUGUUUAUGGCGGUGUUUCUUAUGUUAGUCAGCAGAGUGCGCUUUCUCGAGGUGUUGAUGUGGUGGUUGGGACGCCAGGGAGAAUAAUUGACUUGAUUAACGGGAACAGCCUUAAGCUGAAUGAGGUUCAGUAUUUGGUGCUUGAUGAAGCGGAUCAGAUGCUUGCUGUUGGGUUUGAAGAGGAUGUGGAAGUGAUUUUGGAGAAUCUCCCUUCUCAGAGGCAGAGCAUGCUUUUCUCUGCCACCAUGCCUGCUUGGGUGAAGAAGUUAGCGAGAAAAUAUCUGAACAACCCCCUCACAAUUGAUUUGGUUGGUGAUGAAGAAGAAAAGCUUGCUGAAGGGAUAAAACUUUAUGCUAUAGCAGCCACGGCCACUUCAAAGCGAUCAAUUCUUUCUGAUCUUGUAACUGUUUAUGCAAAGGGCGGGAAGACUAUAGUUUUUACACAGACAAAAAGAGAUGCUGAUGAAGUAUCAUUGGCAUUAACAAAUAGUAUAGCGUCUGAAGCACUGCAUGGUGAUAUAUCCCAGCAUCAGAGAGAGAGAACAUUGAAUGGUUUUCGGCAAGGAAAAUUCACAGUGCUUGUUGCUACUGAUGUUGCAGCUCGUGGACUGGAUAUUCCCAAUGUUGAUUUGAUUAUCCAUUAUGAGCUCCCCAAUGAUCCUGAGACUUUCGUACAUCGCUCUGGUCGUACUGGUCGUGCAGGAAAACAUGGUACUGCCAUUCUAUUGUACACCAGUAGCCAGAGGAGAACAGUUAGAUCCCUUGAACGUGAUGUAGGCUGCAAGUUUGAAUUUGUUAGUCCACCAGCUAUGGAAGAGGUCUUGGAGUCAUCUGCUCAGCAGGUUGUUGCCACACUUACUGGAGUUCAUCCUGAGUCUGUUCAGUUUUUCACCCCAACUGCACAAAAACUGAUCGAAGAACAAGGAACAAGUGCCCUUGCAGCUGCACUAGCACAACUUAGUGGGUUUUCUCGACCUCCAUCAUCGCGGUCUCUUAUUACCCACGAACAGGGAUGGACUACGUUGCAACUAAUUAGGGAUUCAGAUAAUACAAGAUAUUUUUCAGCAAGAUCGGUCACUGGGUUUCUUUCUGAUGUUUUUUCGUCAGCUGCUGAUGAAGUUGGAAAAAUCCAUAUAAUUGCAGAUGAAAGGGUUCAAGGAGCUGUUUUUGAUCUUCCUGAGGAGAUUGCUAAAGAGUUACUUAAUAAGGACAUACCACCUGGAAACACCAUUUCCAAGAUCACCAAGGCAUUGCAUGUUACUUUGUAUUGGCAGCUACCUCCUUUGCAAGACGAUGGGCCUCCAAGUGAUUUCUAUGGGAGGUUCUCUGACAGAGAACGAAGUAACCGAAGAGGUUCUACUUCUAGAGGAGGUUUUACUUCUAGGGGAGGUUUUGCUUCUAGGGGAGGUUCUACUUCUAGGGACCGAAGAGGUUUUAAAACCUCACGGGGAUGGGAGGGGGAAGACUCUGAUGAUGACGACUUCAGUGAUCGAUCUAGUAGGAGAGGUGGUAGAAAUUUUAAGACUGGCGGCAACAGCUGGUCUCGAGCAUCAGGUAAAAGCAGUGGGGAUGAUUGGCUGAUUGGAGGUAGACGAUCGAGCAGGCCUUCAUCAUCUGACAGAUUUGGAGGGGCCUGUUUCAAUUGUGGGGAAUCUGGGCAUCGAGCAUCAGAUUGUCCAAGCACUUCAAACCGGCGAAGCUUUUUCUAA